CAUCAGACGAGCAGCGUUACAUAUCUCCCUUUACUGGGUCCUACAACGACAUGGUAACCAACCCGCUAUCACCGCACAGCAACGACCAAUCAAACUACGGGGGUCCUCAAGGAGGCUCGAUCAACUAUGGGAGCCCGCAGGGGAACUCCAACAGUUCUCCUUUUAACGUCAAACAGGGGUUCAGUUCUUCUACGUCAAGUAUGGGAUUCGGAGGCUCGAGAAGUCCUGGUGGAAACCCUGCGAGUCAACAAGGCUCGAGCUUGGGGUUAACCCUCUCCCGUCAGGACCCCUCCCACCAGGGUGGCGCCUCCUAUAAUAUGCCAUACAGCCAUUUACGGGGAAGGAGGACAUCAUACGGUCUGAAUUCAUUAUUGCCGAGAAGAUCAACCAAUCCAUUUAAUACAUCUCGACAAAAUCGACGUCUAUACUUCUAACAUUCAUAUAUAUGUGUAUGUUUGUAGUAUUAUGAUUGUUCGCGUAUC